GACUGUGUAUUGUCUCUCCUGAGGGUGAGUCCUGCUUUGUGCCUGAGGUCUGAGUUGUGACUAACAACUAGCUGCACAGAAACAGAACCAUCCUGGGCCCUGCCAUGGACCUCAGAGGGUGAAUCCUUUUUUAUUCCAGGAGUAAGUCAUUUAUCAUUCUGUGCUGGAUGAACCCAGAUGAUGGAGCCUCUUAGGGCAAAGCAUAGGGUGAAGAAAACAGACUUCUACCAUGUGGAAUCACUCAGAGCAGGGCACUCCAGCACUCCAGCACUCAGUGUUGGUGUUCAUUCAGCCAUGCUGUGUUUAGGCUCACUGACCUCUCAGUGUGAAGAGUGAAGUUUGUUGAACACUGAUGGUAUCAGGAAGCCAGGUUCCGGGAAGUGUGCCUGUCACAGUGAGCAGGAAUGGGAGGAAGACCAAAUUGCUACUCGACUCACCUUGGAAUCCUUCCCCUCCUAGUGCUUGUCUUAGUCUUCUUUAGCGUGGCUGUCAGAGAGCUGGAUGUCCGGGAAAUUGUAACCCUGUCAAGGAUGACCUAUCCCCAGACAAGGGCGCUAUCACCCAGUAGGAAAGACGUUCUCGUCUUGACUCCUUGGCUGGCUCCCAUCAUCUGGGAGGGAACCUUCAAUAUCGACAUACUGAAUGAGCAGUUCAGGCUUCAGAAUACCACGAUUGGACUGACUGUGUUUGCCAUCAAAAAGUAUGUGGUAUUCCUGAAGCUGUUUCUGGAGACGGCAGAGCAGCACUUCAUGGUGGGACACAAGGUCACCUACUAUGUCUUCACUGACCGGCCAGGUGAUGUUCCACAGGUGCACCUGGGGACAGGACGGCGUCUGGUUGUGCUAACUGUGCGCAAUUACAGCCGCUGGCAGGACGUGUCCAUGCAUCGGAUGGAGAUGAUCAGCCACUUCUCAGAGCAGCGCUUUCUGCAUGAGGUGGAUUACCUGGUCUGUGCAGAUGUGGACAUGAAGUUCCGUGACCACGUGGGCGUGGAGAUUCUCUCAGCGCUCUUUGGCACCCUGCAUCCUGGCUUCUACAAUAGCAACAGGGGGGCUUUUACCUAUGAGCGCCGGCCAAAGUCCCAGGCUUACAUCCCCUGGGAUGAGGGAGACUUUUACUACAUGGGGGCCUUCUUUGGGGGGUCAGUGGUAGAGGUGCACCAUCUCACCAAGGCCUGCCAUGAGGCUAUGGUGGAGGACAAGGCCAAUGGCAUUGAGGCUGUGUGGCAUGACGAGAGCCAUUUGAACAAGUACCUGCUCUACCAUAAGCCUACAAAAGUGCUGUCCCCAGAGUACAUGUGGGACCAGCAGCUGAUGGGCUGGCCAUCCAUCAUGAAGAAGCUGAGAUAUGUAGCUGUGCCCAAGAACCAUCAGGCAAUCAGGAACUGAUAGCUGCGUUCCCACUGGAGAGGCCAGGCCUAUAGCCAGGGCACAUGAGGCUGGGUUGGAACUGGAAGGAUUUGAGAGACAUUGCUAAGUGUCACCCUCCACCCCACCCCAGAGUCCAGCAGGCCCAGCACCACUUGGCUAGCCACACACUUGGGUCCGUCCCUGGAGUAUCAACCACCUUCAGCUCCCCCUGUGUGCCUAAGCUCCUUGUAUUCAGUGAUAUGGUAGACACAGACUUCAGAACGUGGGCAAAACUCUGUCACACAGUUACCUGAGGGCCUGUGCAUCCUCACUCAGGCUUGUCCCUUCCUCUGCUGGGAGCUUCGACAGAGGGCCAGGGCCCUCAGGUAGGCAGGAGGGCAGGGAUAUUCAGCCUGUGGGCUAAAGAGGUGCCUAGCUCCUGUUCAGCCCACUCAGGGCAGGUCAGUUCCCUGUGCCCAUCGACGCUGCUCAUUUUUUGUUUAUUUGGGAAUAGCUAGUGAUCCAUUCCUGACAAUAAAUGUAUUUCUAGGUGGCAUGGAA